AUGACCACUGCCAGCGAUAUCGACAAGGCCUUCACUAAGGCGUUGAACGAAGCAGGCAGUUUCUGCAACAAGGACCGCCUGGACAAAUGUACCGAAAUGGCCCGCGCCCUUCUCGCUCAUAAGUCUACAUCACGACACCAUCGUAUGAAAGCGCUCAUGUUAUUGGCUUCAACACUGGGUGACUGGGAAGACGCGAACAACUGUCGCGUGGAGGCGGAGACGCUGUGGCGUGCACAUAGGCGUCGGCAUCCAGAGGGCGAGAAUGCUGCACUCGAUAGGUACACGGACGAGCUGCGCGGAUUUUUAGACGAAGUGGGUGUUGAGUUGGAGCGGACUAAGCAUGGAGACUACGAGUCGGAAGAUGACGAUGCUGCGGCGCACGAGGAGCAUGUGAAGGAUGCGACUGACGCCAUGGAGACCCUUAAAAUGACCGACAAUGAGAUGGAAGAAUAA